CCUGAGAGUGAGGACUGGCUGGUUAGCAACAAAACAAGAGCCCUCUGGGGCCUCUGGCAGAGGCCCGAAGCUGGAACCAUCAGGGAAUAUGAGUGAAUUUUGGCACAAACUGGGCUGUUGCGUGGUAGAGAAGCCCCAGCCGAAGAAGAGGAGAAGACGGAUUGACCACACCAUGAUUGGGGAACCAAUGAAUUUUGUCCACUUGACUCACAUCGGAUUGGGAGAGAUGGGGGCAGGAGAUGGACUUGCCAUGACCGGUGCAGUUCAGGAGCAGAUGAGAUCCAAGGGAAAUCGGGACAGACCGUGGAGCAGUUCUAGGGCCUUGUAG